AAAAACCAAACAAAAAACAGAAAAUCAUUUUAAAUUCUUGGCUGUCAAAGCCCCCUAUAAGAAUAGACACUUGGUUUGCAGAUAUUGUACCACCAAACUAUAAAAUUAUCAAAAUUGCUAAGUGGUUAAGUAACUAGCACAUGUCGUGAAAACACUGAAUGAAAGUGAGACAUCCAGGCAGCAGGACAGGUUGCCACUUCAGCAUUUGUCCACAGCUGAGACAGAUGAUGGUGUCUAAGAUAUUAGAGGAAGCAAAAAUGCAAUCCAAAUUGCUUUAUUUAUAAUAAAAAAAUCUGGUGAUGUAGUCAAAGACGUUUCAGCUUGUAACCUGGUAAAGAACACAAGCCAAGUCUUCCUGUGCUCAUAGUGAGGAAUGCAGCAUGAGGCAAGCGGUGGCUUUUUGGCUGUUGAUACUGGCGACUCUGCUCCGAGGAUCAGUGCAGGGUCCACACCAGCGUUAUCUUCUCAAAGAACUGCUGAGGGACUACAACCCUAUGGAGAGACCAGUGGCCAACGACUCCCAGGCCCUCACUGUUCACUUCUCCUUCACUCUAAUACAGGUCAUGGAUGUGGAUGAGAAGAAUCAGAUCCUCACCACAAACGCCUGGCUGCAGAUGCAGUGGUAUGACCACUAUCUCCAGUGGAACCAGUCAGAGUAUCCUGGAGUCAAGAACCUCCGUUUUACCCCUGACCAGGUCUGGACCCCUGACAUAUUGCUCUACAACAGCGCUCACGACAAGUUCGAUGCCACGUUUAAGACCAACGUGCUGGUUAACUCGAGUGGCUUCUGUGAGUAUCUGCCUCCAGGGAUAUUUGUCAGCACAUGCAAUGUGGACGUGAGAUGGUUUCCAUUUGACAUCCAGCGCUGUGAGCUCAAGUUUGGCUCAUGGACUUUUGACGGCUGGCUGCUGGACAUCCAGAUGAGGGAGGCAGAUGUGUCGGGGUACAUGCCCAACGGAGAGUGGGACCUUAUGGAGGUCCCCGGAGGUCGUAAUGAGGUUUUCUACGACUGCUGCGCAGAGCCGUACCCAGACGUGACGUUUGUGGUGACGCUGCGAAGGAGAACCCUGUUCUAUGCUCUCAACCUGCUCAUCCCGUGCGUGCUCCUGUCCUCCAUGACCCUGCUGGUCUUCCUGCUCCCCGCCAACUCGGGGGAGAAGAUCAGCCUCGGCAUCACCGUUCUGCUUUCUCUAACCGUCUUCAUGCUGAUGGUUGCAGAAAAAAUGCCCGCCCCUUCCGGCUCCGUGCCCCUGAUCGGUCAGUACUUUGCCAGCACCAUGGUGAUUGUUGGUAUGUCGGUGGUAGCCACGGUGAUUGUCCUCCAGUUUCAUCACCACAGUCUGAACAGUGGACAAAUGCCACGCUGGGUGCACUUGGUUCUGCUGCAGUGGGUUCCUUGGUUUCUGCGCAUGAAGCGACCAGGAGAGGGAGCAGAACCCACUCUCUCCAGCAGCCAGGCAGACUCUCACAGCAAGACUCUGUCCUCUCCGACGACCACCACCACCACCACCACGAUCCCCAUCCCCAUCCCAGCUCCUUCCAUCCUGCCACAAAGUCUCAGUGCCCUGCAGGUGAGCUUGGCGCAGCUCAGCCACCCUCUGUCCCACCAACUUCCUCAACGCCCCCAGGUUAAUAUCCAGCCUAACCCUAGCUCCAAUCCACCACCUCAGCCCAAUGGUCAUCUGCCUUACAUGGGCUUUCAGACCUUCCAGACCACCGCUGAACUAGAACCUGUUCAGAGGUGCCGGACUACCAGCCAUGGGCGGGCCAACAGAGGGUCUGGUGGAGGAGGAGGAGACGAAGGGGCAGCAGCAGCAGGAGGAGGAGGAGGAGGAGGUGCGGUGGGAACGAUUGGAGAUAUACCAAUACAUCAGCACCUCCAGUCUUCAAAGUUUGUGAGCCCCCCGCUGGAAACUCUAGUAUCUCCAGACCCUGAACACACAGGCGCAGCCACUGGACCCUGCGGCUUAGAUCCUGGGGGUGGGAGAUCAGCCGCCCUGCAGAGCCACAGCGGGAUGAUGCGAUCUGUUGCUGUGGACAACCAGCUGCAGGCUCUUCUGACGGAGGUGCAGUUCUUAGUGGAGCGCGUUCGCGAGCAGGACCGUCAGCUGAGUUUAGCUGAGCAGUGGCAGUUCGCUGCUGCCGUCAUCGACCGCCUGUGCCUGGUAGGAUUCAGCGUUUUCAACAUCAUCUGCACAAUCGCUAUCCUCAUGGCUGCUCCUAACUUUGGAAUAGCUCUGUCAAAAGACUUCCUCUGAGAGAUAAGGAAGCAAGUCUGAGAAAGAGGGUGGUGCGACGAGACGCUGAUGGAAGCACAAUUUUGAUUUUAAAAGCGGGGAAAGGACUAUUCUCAGUGACUCAGAAACUUUAGAGUUAACUUUCUUAUGGGACAUGUAUAGAACUCAUUCUGUAGCAUACGUGAAAAAUAAUCAAAUCUGACUUUAAUUAAACUUGUGUAAAGACUAGCAUUUGUAAGAUGAUGCCCAGGUGAGAGCAGUACAGGGUCACAUUUAUUCUUGUGUGUCUUCAUUCCAGCUAUAAAUUGUGACGUUUUGAAGUUAUGCAGUUGGUCUGCCUGCUUCCACUAGGCAUUGCACUUUCUGAAGGUUUUGGUUUAAUCUCUACGUCGAGGCCUGCCAACAGCAGCCGUCAGCUCUUACUCACUAAGCUAACUGGCUGAACAUGGCCAUCAGCCACCCAUCAGUUAAAGCUAAUGCUACAUGUGCUAAUGAACAGCAAAGCUUUGAUUCAUCAGGGUGGGAAACCUGGAUAACCUGUGUCAAACUGUAGAGACUGAGGAAUGUUUUCCUUGCACCUGGGAUAAUGAAGAAAUAAACAUAUAUCCACUGCCU